AUGAAGAAGCUAGGAGAGUUGAAGUACGUUGUCCUCCCCACCACGGGCCUCGAGCACAAGACUGAGAUCUUCAUGAAGCCCUUCAUGAGCUACUUCCCCAACGCCAAGGCCUACGUCGGUGUAUUUGACGUAUAUGACCUCGGGUUCAAGGUGGAGGGAGUGCUGCAAGACAUGGACCCCAACGUUCCCUGGUCGAAGGAGAUCGAGCAGAAGGUGGUGUAUGCCGAGGUUGGCAUCGGGAAGACCAGUGAGGUCGCCUUCUUCCACAAGAAGUCGUCGACGCUCUUCGUCACUGACGCGGUCAUCUUCAUCCCUCCCGAGGCCCCGGAGGUCUUACAGGCCUACGGGGAGGAGGAGAACAAGUGGAAGGGGGAAGCUCUUCGUCAGCCCGGUUAUGAGAACUUUCAUCUAUGA